CCAACUUCAACAAACCUCUCACUCAGUCAGCACUCAGAUUCUAUCAUUCUGGGAGAGAAAGAGAGCGAUUGAAGAAGCAGGCGCUACCUGGAUCACCAAGAAGAAGAAGCCAUAAGCAGCUAUGCAUCCGAUAAAUGCGAUAAUGGUGACUCGGCUGCUGACUCGGAACUCGGGCCUCGGAUCGGAGGUUGGCGGCAUACCCUUCGGAUCGGUCUGGUGGUUCAUUUACGCGGGGCUCUCGUGCUUCUUCGUCCUCUUCGCCGGUAUAAUGUCCGGCCUAACCCUAGGACUCAUGUCGCUCGGCCUCGUCGACCUUGAGAUUUUACAGCGUAGUGGCUCUCCCACGGAGAAAAAACAAGCAGCUCUUAUAUUGCCGGUGGUUCAGAAGCAGCAUCAGCUGCUCGUUACUUUGCUUCUGUGUAAUGCGGCUGCUAUGGAAGCUCUUCCUAUAUAUUUGGAUAAACUUUUCAAUCAGUAUGUUGCUAUCAUCCUCUCCGUGACUUUUGUCCUGUUUUUUGGAGAGGUUAUUCCACAAGCAAUAUGCACUAGAUAUGGACUCGCCGUUGGUUCCAACUUUGUAUGUCUUGUACGAGUGUUGAUGGUUCUUUGCUAUCCAAUUGCUUAUCCAAUUGGCAAGAUCUUGGACUGUGUUCUGGGACAUAAUGAAGCAUUAUUUAGGCGAGCGCAGUUGAAAGCUCUUGUCUCCAUCCACAGCCAGGAGGAGGGCAAGGGUGGUGAACUUACACACGAUGAGACAACGAUAAUUAGUGGAGCACUGGAUUUAACUGAAAAGACUGCUGAGGAGGCAAUGACGCCUAUUGAGUCAACCUUCUCCUUAGAUGUCAAUUCAAAGUUGGACUGGGAAGCAAUGGGGAAAGUUCUUGCUCGGGGACAUAGUCGAGUUCCUGUCUAUUCUGGGAAUUCAAGGAAUAUUAUUGGACUUCUGCUGGUGAAAAGUCUUCUCACUGUACGACCUGAAACAGAGACCCCAGUCAGUGCUGUUUCCAUCCGAAGAAUUCCACGAGUUCCUGCAGAUAUGCCACUCUAUGAUAUAUUGAAUGAGUUUCAAAAGGGCAGCAGUCAUAUGGCUGCUGUGGUGAAGUCUAAAGGGAAAAGUAAGGCUCUUCCACCGAUUGAUGCAGAGAAAGAAGACAACAGAGUCAGUGACACGGACUCCCAACUGACUACUCCUCUGCUAUCCAAGCAAGAUGGAAAGCCAGACAGUGUCAUUGUUGACAUACCCAGGGUACCAAGAUCCCCUCAUAGCAAUAGGGAAACUUUUGCAUCCCAUGGUGACGGAGCAACUAAUGGAUUUCCCCAGUUGUCAGAGGAUACCGAGGAUGGUGAAGUUAUUGGUAUCAUCACCCUGGAAGAUGUAUUCGAAGAACUCCUGCAGGAGGAGAUUGUGGAUGAAACUGAUGAAUAUGUUGAUGUACAUAAAAGGAUACGUGUUGCUGCAGCUGCAGCUGCUUCAUCAGUGGCACGAGCUCCAUCAGUUCGGAGGAUAACUGCGCACAAAGGACCCGCCAAAGUAAGCAAGGAUUAGCCCCAAAGAUAUCGGCUUGUGAUUUGUCCUCCACAAGGCUACAAGGAGCUUCUGGUGAACCACUUCUUUGAAAUAAGAGAUGAUUCAUCGAGUUGAUUUGUCAUAUCCUGAACCCUUUGCUCCUCAGGGAAGUGGCUUUGACCUCAAUCUACCAAAAAGUUUUUCUGAUCUUUUUUUUUUUCUUCCUUUUGUUUUUCGAGGGUGGGGGGAGAGGCGGGGUUCUACAUAGAUGGAUAGGAUAUGAUUUUAUGUUCGUUAGCUCAUUGAGCUUGUUAAUUUGAACUCUUUUUUGGUUAAUAUUAUAUGUUAGGUUCGAGCUGCCUCUUAGGUUGGCUCUACUUUUUGUUUUGUAAAAAACAGUAUCUGGAAUCGUAAAUAAGUUAUGUUUUCCAA